GCCGUGCCGAUGCCACGUGGGAGGCGGCGGAGCCGCCGUCGCCGCCGGGCCGGAGUCGCGGCCCCGCUAACGCUGGGGACGGCGCUCGCCGGCCGCCGCGAGGAGGGGAGGUCGCGGAGCCCCCGGGACCGCGCCGGGAUCGCCGAGACCCGAUGGGUGCUCGGCGCGGUGGCGCCCGGCUCGCGGCUCGGCCUCCCGGGCCUAGAAGCGCUGGCGGCGGCGGCCGGGCCUAGGGGCGGCUCCCCGCCCUGGGCGGCUCCCUCGCUGCUGCAGGUGCCGGCGGCGGCCCAGCCGGCCCCGCGGCGGGACGGCAGCGACCUGCCCGCCGGCGCGCCCGCCGCCCUGGCCGUGCUGCGGCUUCAGCCCGGCGCCGAGGGCUCGGCGCGGGCGGCAGCGGCGGCGGCCGGGGCCGCGCCGCGCCUGCGGACCGUCUACGUGAACCCGCGCUGGCUGGAGCGCCAGGCCGCGCUGGGGGCGGCGGCGGCAGCGGCGGCGGCCGCCAGCCCCUGCGCCGAGGCGGCAGCGGCGAGCGGCGCGGCCGGGGCCCCGGCUCCGGCUCCGGCUCCGGCCCCGGCCCCGGCCCCGGCUCCGACUCCAGCUCCGGCGGCGGCGGCGGGGCAGGGCGAGGCCGAGGCGGCGGCUACCCCCUACGUGGGGCUGCGGCGGCCGCUGGGCUACAAGUUGGCCAAGGCCACCAAGGAGCGGAUCUGGCGGGGGGAGUUCAUUGACCUCUUUUCCUUGCUCCACACAGAGCUGGCCCCCGAGCACGGCCCGCGCCCGGGGGACACGCUGGACCAGUGGGUCUCGGCCUUCCUGGUGUACGCCAGCGUGCUGUGCGAGAAGCACCCUGCGCGCUGCGGAGCCAUGUUCAAGUACCUGGACACCAUCCGCAAGCUGCACGCCACCUACGGGGGCACUUCCUGGAUGAACUACGAUGAGGACUUCCGGCGGCGGGCGGCCAAGAACCCCUCGCUGCCCUGGGGCGACGUCGACUUGGACCUGUGGAUGAAGUGGAUGGCGCCCCUCAAGUCGCUUGUCCCCAGACGCCUGCGUACUGAGAGCGAGACACAGGCCUCUCCGGCCCAGCCGCCACCGCCGGGCCAGAGCCCCAAGCAGGAGGAGAAAAGCCAGACUCCAUGAAAACAGAAGACCAGUUGGGAUGGGAGUCAGAAUAAGUGGCCUGACUCCGUUGGUGUUUAAGUGGAGCUCUGGUAUUCUAGUGCAUUCUUUUACCUCUGCUUCUGUUGCGUUGCAAGCUGUGCUAGAGAAGACGUAGGAAAUUCAUUUUACCCAAUCAGCAAUUGUAACAAUGGACUACAAACCUGCAGAGCAAGCCAGUUUGCUGGAAAACAGGAAUUCCUGCAGCGCAGCACUUGUCACAGACUAUCCAAAGAGGGCAAAGAUUCAGGAAGGUGAAUAAAUUGAACACUGGUUGAAUGAGGUCAGGAACGCUCUCCUGGAGGAGAAUCCUGCCCUAAAAUACUACUUUGAAAGUAAAAGCCAAUUUAAUGCGCAGAUUAAGCCUUCUCAUUUGACCAAACUUGUGUGCAAUCCUGGAUCUUUGCAGAUCACAACCGGACACUUCAAAACCCUAUGUAUUAUAUUUGUUUAAAAAAAAUAAAUCAUAACUUGUCUUGUUACAGCUGUUACUUUUGCCAUUUCAUUGAGAGUAUCUGCAACAUAAAUGUGUAUUUGACUCAGAAAAGUAUCAUACACUUGGGAUAAUAACUCAGGUUGUCAGCAGAAUUAUUCUGUGAGGCUCAGUAUCCUCUUUCCAUUGUUCUGCAUUAACCAUUGCUGUCAUUGUCAGAUAGCCCAAUUGUGCAUUACAAAAUUCUUCAUCAAUUAUAAUGAUUGACCUAAGUUAUAAUUUUGUUUUUAUCCUAGUAGAAUACUAGUGACCAUCAGACUAGACAUUUGUAGUCUGGUGUUCAUGAAAAUCUUUUUCACUGAUUCACAGUUUUCAUUCUGCAUCUCAGUAUUUUGUUUUCUUCUCCUUUUUCCUUGCAUACUAAGGGGUGUGGUCAAGGUAAUACUAUGAUCCAGUAAUGCACAUGAUGGUAAGGGUUUGCCUUUAGUUGUUUCAGGUAAAAGCUGCCCUUAUGUCCUCUCUCAAUAUUUCAAAUAAUAUGCAUAACAUAAAGUGUUUGUAAAUUGAUAUCAAAUUGUUUGUGACUUCACCUAAAUAAAUUUUUAUAUUUAAAUGCUA